GGAGUUUUUUUCAUAAAUCUGCUCCUUUCGUUGUCCCGUCACGAAAAGAAAUGGCUGGCAAAAACUCAAAUUUCAUCCAAUUCUUUCAGUUCAAGAAGCAAAAGAUUCGUUUUUUAAUUUGUGAUAGUGUGUAGAAGAGCAAAAGUUUUUAAAAAUCAAACUGGCAAAACUGUAGCAAUUUUUGUGGUGUGCCUUUUAAAAGUCCAGUUUUACGAUGUUGUCCCGUCACGCUACAUUUUUAUUUCAGGGGAAGCACAGGUACUAUAUGGUUCAUUCUGCAUACUAUUUCUUUGUAGGAAAAUCAAUUAUCUUUCCAAAUAUGUAAUAACAUUGGGGGGUUUCUUCUUUUAUUUUGCAACUACAGCCAAAACGCUGAAAAAAACUUGGAGUUUUUUUGAAAAGGAGCCGAAGAAUCGGUGAGCUAGUCAAUUUUUUUUUCAAAUUUGAAGCUCGUUUUCUCAACUUGCUGUAAAUUCCCCCUUCAAGACUGGCCAAAUUCUCUUAAACUCACUAGGGAAUACCGUGGAGAAUUCCCCAUAUCCCUUUAAAAAGAGGAAAAAAUUGAAUAGGAUUCAGGCAGCAAUGUGUGGAUAAGACCCUCUGCAUACAAUGAUCUAGCUUUUGGAUCAACGUUGUAGUGGCAACCACCUGAGCUGCUCGACUCCUGACCAUGUAAAAUUAAAUCUUAAGGGAUGUGAUUAUGGGGAUAUAAAAUCCCAUGCUUCCACAUGACUCAUCUUGAAACUUUGAAAUCUGGAGCAACAUUUGAAAGGGGCGGUACGACAUUCCUCUACGGUCUUUCGUCCCAUUUAAACGCGUGUAAUGAAAGGCGUCGUACUGCCCCUUUCAAAUGUUGCUCCAGAAAUCAUCAUGAAGAGAGGCGAAGAAUCAAAAAUGGGUGUACUACUCAAAAACUUACGGAUUGCGCUACAAGACUCGGGCAAAUCCUGCUCAAUAAAUGAAUUAAUAAAAUGCAGGUAAAUCUCGAUAAAAUUGAUAAAAUAAGAUAAUCGGCAUUAACUGUGUUUUUCCAAACAAGCGAGGCUAAUUUUAAACGAAACGUGAAAGAAAAAUAAAUCGAUUGUAAUACGUUGCACUCAAUGUCUUCCAGAUGUGGGCUACCUCAAUACACAAUACUUACAGCCGUUAUAUUUUAGAUCAAUUAAAAUCGAUUUCUUUCCAACAUGAACUCCUCCAGUGAUCUCAUGUAUCUUAUGUCGCACUCGCGAAUCUUAUCACUGAACUACUUGUGAACUACGCCAGGGGUAGUAAGUGUUGGUCACGCGCCAGCCAAAUCCAUUUGAUUUAAUGAAGUUUGAUAAAAAGUAACGAUAUGGAUGAGAAACCCCAUUCUACGGGAAAGUCCAACAGGCCUACAUUCAACCGUAGACUACGGACAGCGGCGGACGUUUUUGAGCACUUUCUUUCCGAAGGAAUUUUUGUGUUCUUGGAGUGAUGUUUAAGCUAGUUGGACUUAUUGCAAGCCGCAGAGGUCAGCAGCUGGUUCGUUAUGAAGCGGUCAGAUGCGCAUCGAGCCAAUCCUUCAUGAUGAACCUGUUCAGUGGACAGCUGCAAACGACCCAGUUGUUCCCGUACCCGGACGUCCUCAGUGAAGACCAGCGAGAGUACCUCCAGGCAUUCAUCGAUCCCGUGAAUCGAUUCUUUACCGAUGUGAACGACAGCAAGCGGAACGACGAGGCUUCGCACGUGGACGAGCGAACCAUGGACGCCAUGUGGGAGCUAGGCGUCAUGGGCUACGGUACGCCCGUGGAGUACGGCGGACUGGGACUGACGAACGUUCAAGCGGCCCGGCUGAACGACAUCACCGGUGGAUUCGACCUGGCGCUGUCGAUCCAUGCCGGGGCGCACCAGUCGAUCGGAACGAAGGGAAUUAUACUGUACGGAAGUGCGGAACAGAAGGAGAAGUACCUUCCGCAACUGGCAACGGGCAAGGUGUUUGGGGCGUUCGCUUUGACGGAACCUUCGGUGGGUUCCGACGCGGCUUCCGUAAAGUCUAGGGCUGUGCUGAGUCCAUGCGGGAAGUACUACAUCCUGAAUGGAACGAAGAUCUGGUGCUCGGGGGGAGGGAUUGCCGAUAUCUUCACGACCUUUGCCCAGACGGAGGUCGUUGAUCCGGAGACGGGAGAGAAGCGGGACAAGAUGACGGCUUUCAUCGUCGAGCGUGGGUUUGGAGGAGUCUCUUCGGGGACUCCGGAGAGCAAAAUGGGACUCAAGUGCUCCGUUACGACGGAUGUGUACUUUGACGACGUAAAGGUGCCCGUUGAGAACGUUUUGGGGGAGGUCGGCAAUGGUUUCAAGGUUGCGGUUAACAUCUUGAAUUCAGGGAGAUUCGGACUGGCAGCCAUGUUGUCCGGCACGAUGCGGGCAUGCAUUCAGAAGGCAGCGGAGCACGUCACGACUCGAGUUCAGUUCAAGCGGAAGCUUAAGGACUUUGAGAAUGUCCAGGAGAAGCUUGCCCGGAUGGCGAUGCAUCACUACGUGGCGCAGACGCUGACCUUUAUGGUGUCCGGCAACAUGGACAAAGGAUCGACGGAGUAUCAUCUGGAGGCGGCCAUCACGAAAGUGUUUGGAACGGAAGCGGGUUGGUACGUUUGUGACGAGGCUAUCCAGCUACUGGGUGGUAACGGGUACAUGAAGGCUACCGGACUGGAGCAGUUCAUGAGAGAUAUGCGGGUGUUCCGGAUUUUCGAAGGUGCGAACGAUGUGCUAAGGUUGUUCAUUGCUUUGACCGGCAUUCAGUUUGCUGGGCAACAACUCAAAGGACUGCAGAAAGCUUUGAAGAGUCCAUUCAUGAAUAUGGGAAUUAUUCUUCAAGAGGGAUCCAAGCGAAUAUCGCGUAGUAUUGGAUCAGGAGGUACCAAUCUAGAGCAGUUUGUCGCUGAUCCGCUGAAAGAUUCCGCCAAGCUUUGCUCGCAGUCCAUCGACCAGUUCAGCCAAACUGUGGAAUCCCUGCUCGUCAAGCACGGCAAGGGCAUCGUCGAGCGGCAGUUCAUCCUGGCCCGGAUAGCGGACUCGGCGAUCGACAUCUACACGAUAGCCUGCGUGCUGUCCCGGGCGACGCGAGCCGUCCGGAAGGGGCUGCCCUCGGCGGAACAUGAAGUGUUGAUGACGCAGGCGUGGUGUGUUGAGGGUCACAACCGUGUGCAGCAGAAUAUUCUACGGAUCAAGUCCGAUGCGUUCCAGAGCAACUACCAGAAAAUGGGGCAGAUUGCGAAGAACAUUUGCGACCAUCAAGGUGUGGCGCAUACGAACCCGUUGGAAGUGGAUUAAAUAUUGUUGUAGUAUUAAAUUAUGAAUUAUACGUUUGUUAUAUUUAAUGAGAAUAAGGUGUGUUAUGACUG